UACUCACCUUCAUAAGAAUCAUAACCACAUAUCUCUCUCUUCCUCCUCCUCGUCUUAUUUACACUAUUCUCUAUCUAUCUUUCCAUCUAUAAAUUCAACCCAAGUUUCAUAGAAGCUCCUCCCCCUCCUCCUCCUCCUUAAGUGAAAGAAGUGAAGAAAAUGGCAGCUAAAAGGCUUUAUGAAGGAGAUGAUCAGAAGGAAAACCAAGAUCAACAAGGGGGCAAGCGACUGAAGAAACUCCCUUCUUUCUCAACUGUGAUAAGAGAUGUUAUCAUGGCCAAAUCGCUCCAAAACUUCUGCCUUGCAUUAGAACCACUGCUUCGUCAAGUGGUGAAAGAGGAGAUGGAGCAUAAGCUAGCUCAAGGUGCACUAAUGCUUCCAAGGUCUCCACAAAGACAGAUACAAGAGGAAUUCUCAAACCUGAAGCUUAUCUUCAAGAAACCACCCAUCCUCCCAAUCUACACAUUUAGUAAGAUCGAGGAUGAGGAGGGUAACCAUCUUCAAAUACAACUCAUCGACACACUCACCGGUGAAACUCCGGUUGCCUUUCACCGAUUAUCAAAUCUAAAAGUUGAAAUAGUGGCUGUCAAUGGUGACUUCCCUGGUGAUAGAGAAGAAUGGAUGGCUACAGAAUUCAACAAUAAUAUUAUGAGGGAGAGGGAAGGCAGGAGGCCUUUGCUCCUUGGAGAUGUUUCGGUUACUCUGAGAGACGGUGUUGCUUAUAUUACUCAUCUCUCCUUCACAGACAACUCUAGCUGGAUUCGAAGUAGGCACUUUCGUAUAGGUGCAAGAGUAGUUCCUGAAAGCUAUGAUGGACCGAGGAUUCUUGAGGCUUUAACUGAGCGUUUCACAGUCAAAGAUCAAAGAGGAGAAUUGUACAAGAAGCAUUACCCUCCAGCUCUGGUUGAUGAUGUAUGGAGGCUUGACAGGAUCGGAAAAGGCGGCGCCUUUCAUGUGAAACUCGGUGCAGAACACAUUGAGACUGUACAAGACUUCCUCAAGCUCUUGGUCAUUGAUCCUGAUCACCUGAGAGUGAUACUAUCAUCUAUGUCAGACAAGAUGUGGGAGGGAACUAUUAACCACGCAAAAACAUGCCCCAUAGGGUCAAAAAGAUAUUUGUUCAAUGAUCCUUAUUAUGGUAAUACCGUCUUCUUGAAUCCAAUCUGUGAAAUAAUGGGUGUAAUCUUACAAGGCAAUCUCUAUACCCCUGAUCAACUGUCUAUACAGCAGAGAGCUUAUGUGCAGUCUCUGGCAAAACAGGCAUACUACAACUGGGAUAAGCUGGAAGAGACUGAAUUUUCCCUUCCAGCAAACGCUCUCCUUCCAAUAGAGCUGCCAGCACCACAAGGACUGAUGGCUUCUUCUUCAUGGCAUGCUGCCAAUCAAGAGAUAACUACUGUAACUGAGUUUCAAAUUGAAGGACCCAAUGAAUCUCAAUUCUUUGAAGCAGCCUUUAGCUUGGAUUUCUCUGGAUCAAAAACUCAGCCUGAUUGAUUCUUGUCACAUUGAUUCAAAAACGAACAAGAUGUUGCUGAUCAAGAUGUACAUCCUAAGGAUGUAAAUUAUUGGUAUUGAAGGUGGAUUAUAUAUAUGUACUUAGGUUUUACCCACCCAAGUUGCUCCUCAUGUUGACAAAUAAGGCAAAAUGAGCAACAUGAGGUGCUAAUGUAAUGCCAUCUGUCACUUUUCAUAUCAUGCACUUCCAUUUGUGACACAUAUCAUUCAAUAUGUGAUUUAGUCUAUCGAAGAUAUAUAGACAGUCCAAG